AUCAACCACUAUAAAAAGUCGAAAAAUUAUGACAAGUCGUAGCGUAAGUCUGUUGAAAUUGAUUGACUUAGCCGUCGGAUAUCCGAGUGUAGGAUCCGUUAGCUUCAAUUUGCUGCACAAAAUCCUGUACCUUCUGGCGGUUCGAGAUGGGUCUGCCGAAAACGAGGAAAUUGAAUUGCUCGAUCUAGACGAAUCCCUAGCUCGGGUGUUGGACCGAGAGAACAAUCGCCGAGGCAGCCAAACCCGGCUUAUGGUGCAACGGGUUGUCAAUGGUUCCAACAACGAACACAAGCUGAAGGUAAGUGGUUCCCGGAUUGUGGUGCCCUUCGAAGAGCUUACCUAUCCGGUUCAAUCGGAUUCAACGGAAGAAGCCGAACGAAUAGAAUCCCACAUGAGUGCCAUUCAUUCGGUGGUCUCGGAUCUGGAGGAAAAGGUGCAGGAUUUAUCGGUCAAACCUAACAAAAUAUGUGAAAAUGAGUUGAAGAAGUUGAAUAAGCGGAUCGAAAAACUGGAAGCAACGGUUAAACAGCAACUGGAGAAAGCGAUGAAAGAGUUGAAAGAAGCUCAAAAAGCCAUUCCACAAUCAACAACUAACCUGGAACAGAAAGAAGCUCAAGAAUCGCAAGGUGGUCAAGAGCUGCAAAGUAUCCAGGAAUCCAAAAGUGUUCAGGAUUUGCAAAGUGUUCGAGAAUCGCAAGUAUCCAAGAAAUCACUCGUGUUCCAAGACACGCCAGUUAUCAUUCAAGAAGGUGGAGAGGCUACGACGAAGUAUGACCAAAAACUGAAACACAUGGCCAAAGAUAUCGCAAAAAUAUGGAAUUUUAUUCGGGGUCUGAAAACGGACGAACGAUCUACUCAUGGUGCACCACCAGCUUCAGGCGAUGCUAACGAUGAUCAAAAUUCACAAUUCUUAGGAGAGGCCGGUACAGCCAGCAUGGAUAGCGUUUCGGAAAGUCAUUCGCAACUCAAUCAGAUAAAGCCUUCACCUGAAGUCGAUUUCGGACAAGUUUACGCUCGAUUAGAGGAGCACGAGAAGCAAAUGAUAGCAAAAAUAGAAGUUAUGGAGAAAAAAAUUCUUCGACUUGUCCAGGAAAAGGCUGAUAACACCGAAAUAGAAAGCCAGGUGCGUCUUUCUGUUCUUUCCUAUACCCGGACACGACCUAUCCGAGUGGAACCGGCCAAAACAGAUUUACUUGAGAUGCCAGCAUUCCGCAAAGUUGCAGAUAGUGUUGCGACUUUAUCCGAUAAAGUUCAAGAAAGCGCAAACGAACUUGAAAAGCUUCGAGAAGAAUUGGAAUUCAAAACGGACGAAUCACAACUUGGAUCUGUAACGGCGAUGAUUCAGCAGGAAAUUCGACAACUCGAGAGUAAACUUGAAUCGCUCAAUCAAACGGUAAAACGUAAUGCCGAAGAAGACCCGGGAGCUGGCGGAAAACUAAAAAGGAUUCAUAACGUACGGUGCAUCUCUUGCGAUCGCUCGGUGACAAUGUUCAAGUGUGACCAAGUUAUCCCGAGACCUCCGGCAUUGGCCGUUGCAAGAGCAUUGAAGCCAAAUUUGCGCAAUCAGUUGCUGAGCUUACGGAAAGAAAUGAUGGGUCAACCUGGAAGUGCUACCAGAAAUUUGGAUCAUUUUGAUGAUCUGUACCGUUCACUGACUGGCACUUAAGGGUUCGAAAAAAAAAAACUAAAUUUUAUUUAACAUUUGAUUUUAUGACUUAUAAUAUAUUUUGAU